AAUCGUGUUAGGAUAUGUGAGUGUUGCAGUGGAAAGGCAUGCAGCCAGAUGAGCAGAGCUAAGAGGAUUUAAUGCAGCUGGACACGAGCCUCGCUGAGUAAAGAAGAAGAUUAUAUUGUUUUAAUCAAAUGCGAAGAAGUUUUUAUUGCUGGUCACUUUGAGUUUGGACUGUUGAGGAGUGAUAUUUGUCUUCAUCUCUUUAAGCACUACGAUAACUACACUGUAAGGAUGCUCACCGCACAGAGAUGUAUGGAUCCAACUCUACAGUAAAAGGGAAUACUGACAGAAGACCUUGCCACGAGUCGACCUGAUCUUUAAUAAGCCAGAUCUGGACUCAAAAAACACAUGAAGAUGUGUCAGUGUUACUCUGCCCUGCUUAUGCUCUGCUUGCACAUGGGUGUAUUACUGGUGAAAGAUGGAAAAAGACACUACAAUAAGGCCUUCAAUUGUCGAGUGGAAUACGAGAAGACGGACCGCAGCAAGAGGACGUCCGUUUGCAGCGACUUCCCGAACAGGGUAUGUUUCCAGGAACAGACCCAAAGCCACGUGUCUUGGCUUUGCUCCAAGCCCUUCAAGGUCAUCUGCAUCUACAUUGACUUCUUCAGUGCUGACUACAAGCUAGUACAGAAGGUCUGCCCAGAUUACAACUACCACAGUGACACUCCCUAUACCUCUGUGGGAUAGCACAGCCUAGAUUGGAUGUGUUAAGGUAACUGAGGUGUCAUCUCAUUGUUACAGCCUCUCUAGUCUGUAGUUUCCUUCUUCUGUUCCAUAAAGAACCGGAAAAAUGGAAGCAAGGUCAGAUGAUUAUAUCUUGCUUGUCCUCCUAGGGCAGUCGAUGACAGGAAUAGUUCACCAAAAAAAUUAAUUUUCCACAGAAAAAUGUCUGGAACAAAAUGAGGAUGAGUGAAUGAGAAAUGGUUAUAUUUUUGGGUGAAUCCAGGCUCAAGACCUGGUUCGUGUGGUUGACAUUUAGAUUGGACAAGACCAACACAUCUAUGGUUUCCACAGUGACCCCUGACCCUUUCUCAGUGACUCUUGUGAUGUCAUCAGUGACGUUUUAAAAGAUCCUAAACAAAUUUCCCAAUCAACAUAAGCUGGAAUUCAAUAACAGAACAAUGUAAAACAUCUUGUAUUGCAGCCAUUUGUGAUGCCCUCCUUUUCAU